AUGGAUCCUGUUCGGCCGCUGUUCAGGGGGCCCGCUCCUGUCCACCCAUCUCAAUGUGUGCGAAUGCCAGGCUGUUGGCCACAAGCUCCUAAACCUUUGGACUCAGCCUGGGCAGGACCUGCAGGCAGAGGCCAUGUGUUUAGAAAGCCAGAGGAAUCCAGCCCACAGCUCCUAUCAGCACAAAAGGAGUCUUUGGGUUUGGUGUCUAUGUUUCGUGGCAUGGGCCUUGAGAUGGCCUCCCGGGCCCCUUCAGAACGAGAAGCACCUCCUUUAGGUAGAGGCAUUUUAGGUCGAGGCUUGUCUGUUAACAUGGUCCGCAGGGACAGAGAAGAACCCCGUCCCACUUUACCUGCUCCUUCGGUGCUGGCAGCUGGGGACAGCAAGCUGGCAGAGGCAUCUGUUGGUUGGAGUAGAAUGCUCAGAAGAGGGAGCUCAGAUGUCUCUUUAUUACCACUGGGAAGAGCAGCUGGUGGUAUAGGCAGAGGCGCAGACAAACCUCCAAGUGCCUUUGGCCUGGCCACCCGGGAUCCCCAACGGCUGCUACAGCCUCCAACUCUGUCUCCAACCUCAUUGCACUCUGCAGAUCCCCCUCCUGUCCUGACUGUGGAGCGGAAGGAAAAAGAGCUUUUUGUCAAGCAAGGAUCAAAAGGAAUACCUCAAUAUUUGGGACUGAACCUCAUCAAAAUCCAGUGUCAUAAUGAAGCAGUUUAUCAGUACCAUGUAACUUUCAGCCCCAACGUGGAGUGCAAAAGCAUGAGGUUCGGCAUGUUGAAGGACCAUCAAGCUGUCACUGGAAAUGUCACCGCUUUUGAUGGAUCUAUUCUCUAUCUACCUGUUCAGCUUCAACAAGUUCUUGAGUUAAAAAGUCAGAGGAAAACGGAUGAUGCUGAGAUCAGCAUCAAGAUUCAGUUGACAAAGAUUCUGGAGCCAUGUUCUGACUUGUGCAUUCCCUUCUACAAUGUUGUCUUCCGGAGGGUAAUGAAACUCUUAGACAUGAAGCUUGUGGGGAGAAACUUCUACGAUCCUACGAGUGCCAUGGUCCUGCAGCAGCACAGAUUGCAGAUCUGGCCAGGCUAUGCAGCUAGCAUUCGGAGGACAGAUGGAGGGCUUUUCUUGCUUGCUGAUGUCUCCCAUAAGGUCAUUCGGAAUGAUUCUGUGCUGGAUGUCAUGCAUGCCAUAUACCAACAGAACAAAGAACACUUUCAGGAUGAGUGCAGUAAGCUUCUGGUGGGCAACAUUGUCAUCACACGAUACAACAACCGCACCUACCGCAUCGAUGACGUGGACUGGAAUAAGACCCCGAAAGACAGCUUCAUGAUGUCUGAUGGGAAGGAGAUCACAUUCCUGGAAUACUACAGCAAGAACUAUGGGAUCACAGUGAAGGAAGAUGACCAGCCACUGCUCAUCCACAGGCUCAGUGAGAGGCAGAACAACCAUGGCACACUGCUGAAGGGUGAAAUUCUGCUGCUGCCUGAACUGUCCUUCAUGACAGGGAUCCCUGAGAAGAUGAAGAAGGACUUCAGGGCCAUGAAGGAUUUGACCCAGCAGAUUAACUUGAGCCCCAAACAGCACCAUAAUGCUUUGGAGUGCCUGCUGCAGAAAAUUUCAAAGAAUGAGACAGCCAACAAUGAGCUGACCCGCUGGGGUCUCAGUCUGCAGAAGGAUGUCCACAAGAUUGAAGGACGUCUUCUUCCAAUGGAAAGGAUUAACUUAAGAAAUACUUCAUUUAUUACGUCUGAGGACCUGAACUGGGUUAAGGAAGUAACCAGAGAUGCUUCCAUCUUGACUAUCCCCAUGCAUUUCUGGGCACUUUUUUACCCAAAGAGAGCAAUGGAUCAAGCCAGAGAGCUGGUUAACAUGUUGGAGAAGAUAGCUGGCCCCAUCGGCAUGCGCAUAAGCCCACCGGCCUGGGUAGAACUGAAGGAUGACCGUAUAGAGACCUAUAUCAGGACUAUUCAGUCCUUACUGGGAGUUGAGGGAAAGAUACAAAUGGUCGUUUGCAUCAUCAUGGGUACUCGUGAUGAUCUCUAUGGGGCUAUCAAGAAGCUGUGCUGUGUCCAGUCUCCAGUGCCCUCACAGGUCAUCAAUGUACGAACCAUUGGUCAACCCACUAGGCUUCGGAGUGUGGCUCAGAAAAUUUUACUUCAGAUGAACUGUAAAUUGGGUGGUGAGCUUUGGGGAGUGGAUAUUCCUCUGAAACAGUUAAUGGUGAUUGGAAUGGAUGUGUACCACGACCCCAGCAGAGGCAUGCGCUCAGUGGUUGGCUUCGUUGCAAGCAUCAAUCUCACCCUCACUAAAUGGUAUUCUCGAGUGGUGUUCCAGAUGCCUCAUCAGGAGAUUGUGGACAGCCUGAAGCUCUGCCUGGUAGGCUCCUUAAAGAAGUAUUAUGAGGUAAACCACUGUCUACCAGAGAAGAUCGUGGUAUACCGAGAUGGAGUGUCUGAUGGCCAGCUGAAAACGGUUGCCAGCUACGAGAUUCCUCAGCUGCAGAAGUGCUUUGAAGCUUUUGAGAAUUACCAGCCCAAGAUGGUAGUGUUUGUAGUUCAGAAGAAAAUCAGCACCAAUCUGUACCUUGCUGCUCCAGGUCACUUUGUGACCCCCUCCCCUGGGACCGUGGUUGAUCAUACCAUAACAAGCUGUGAAUGGGUGGAUUUCUACCUUCUUGCCCAUCAUGUGAGGCAGGGCUGUGGCAUACCUACUCAUUAUAUCUGUGUCCUCAACACUGCAAACCUGAGCCCUGAUCAUAUGCAGAGGUUGACUUUCAAACUGUGCCACAUGUACUGGAAUUGGCCUGGUACCAUCCGAGUUCCAGCUCCUUGCAAAUAUGCCCACAAGCUAGCGUUCCUGUCUGGACAGAUUUUGCAUAAUGAACCAGCCAUCCAGCUGUGUGAAAACUUGUUCUUCCUGUGACUGGCAGCCUGGACACAGGCUGUCAAGAGAAAUUGGACUUCAACUCAGCCAAGACUUACAGAAUCAACAGAAAUGGAGUUUUGUAUUGGCAUUUUUCUUUUCUCUAACCUUGUAGUAUUAGAUUUCUGUUUUUCUUUUAAGCCUGAUGUUAGAGUGUGGUGGUACAUGCCUGUUAUCCCAGCCCUUGGGAGGCUGAGGCAGAAAGAUCUUAAGUUCAAACCCAGCCUGGGCUACAGAGUGAGGCCCUAUCUCAAAAACCAAACCAAACCCUAAAGUCUAAGUUCCAACAGGAAGUUCCUUGCUGCCUUAGCAGAGCAAACGGUGGUUGGUGUGCUACUACCCUGCAGAGGGGAUAAAAGGGGGAUGACAUUUAGAACCACCAAGGGGCUUGAGGAUAGAUAACUCAGUGGUAGAGCAUGCUCUUACCAUGUGAAAUGCCCUGAGUCCAGUCCUCAGAACUCCCAAACCCAUGAGUAACAGAAACCUGUAGUAUCUACAAUUACCCCAAAGCUGUGCUUACAGGACAGUCCCAUUUAUGGUGCCAGAGAUGAGAAUGAAUGAAGUCACUGAAAGUGUCUUCAAGGAGACAAUUACUUUACUUGGGCAGCUAGGGAAGGUAAAGAAAGGCCUGUGAAGCAUGCUUUUUCAAAGAGAGAUGGCUGCUGUUGGCAGAUCUGAAAGGCAUGUUGUAGAACCAGGUCAUGGCGUAGUCAGGCCCCUGAGCAUAAUCACAGGGAGUGCAUCGGGUGAUUCUGUGGCUUCCUGAAAGUAUAACAGAAGCUUUUUCUGUACUUCUCAGUAUGUUUGGUUACUGGCCUGCUGCCCCAACACACACGCAUGCACACACACACGUACACACACAUACCUUUGCUCUUUGUGACUAAUCUUCAGUAAUUGAUUGGAACAUAUGGGAAGGAUUCAAUAGCUAGGAACAUCCAGGAUGUAGUACAAGCUUUUAAUGACCCUUUCUCCCAGCUAUCUGGCCCUCAUUUCUGUGCUUGUCUGUAAAUUAGAUUGCUCAUUUCUCUUGCACAAUAACCUCUUCUGGCUGUGGCCUCACUUUCCUAGGAAUUUUUUAGAAUCCAGGCU